AUUUUGCUGAGCAAGGGUUUUAAUUUUUAUUCGUGGCGACUUAUCAAGUGUCAAUUGGGAGUGCCAGUAUUCGUCAAACAGUGUACGUGUCUAGUACUGCGAGGGAAAAAUUUAAAAAAAUGUACCCCGUUGAAAGGUGUUAUGAAAAUUAUGGAACUUGGUUCCAGUACGUUACUGCUGUGUUUGGAGAGCGGGAUUUGCGGCAGGGAGUAAAGAUUUUACGUCGCUUGAUUGGUCCGCUUACCCCACACGAGGCUCUGGAUCUAGUCGAGGAGUGGAUGGCUCUGUUUGGGCCUGCUGGGCCUGAGGUUUCGGGCGCAGCAACCUUCUUCUUUCUCCAUAUGCUGGAGAAUCCAGAUGGCGAGGAGGAGUUCAUCGCUCCCAACCUUUCCGAUUUAGAACGGUUGCGGGGAGCACUUAUUGAAUUUGUAUUCAAUAAGAAUUUUGUUUGUUAUUUUUGAAGGGUGAGUUGAAUUUUCUUUAUAACGUAAGGUAUUUUUAAAAAAAAAUUUUUUUUUGUAUGUUUCUAGAGUUUCACGUUUCGCUGACCAUAUCCGUCGUGUGGGGAUUCUCAUUCUUUGGGGCCAACCGGCGAGGCAUUCUGGAGGAGGGAAUUUUGUUUAGUGUAAAA